GGGCCCGCCCAUCCCGGCGGAAGCGGCCGUUGCCGGGGAGCGGCGGGGCCGGGCCGGGCUCUCGGCUACCGGCGGSUGGGCCCAGCCCAGCCCGGCCCGGCCGGGAGCGCUUCUCCGCGGCCUYCCUCGUGCUGGUUGGUUUCUGUGGCAGAGUGACGUGUGGCAGGAUGUGUGAAGGRCCAUCCAGGAUUUCUGGACCUAUUCCUCCAGACCCAACACUGUUUCCAGAGUAUUACAAUCACCCUUUCUCAGCUCGAGGGAGGCUGGAAGGAAAUGCUCAGAAGCUGUAUUUGACCUCUGGCCCCCUGGACCCAGUUCCCAAGCCACACUYUGCUUUGGGCAGUGCCCGCCAGGCCCAGGCAGCCCCUCGCAUUCGCCCCAGUGGAAGGGAUUUCCUGGAGAAGGGACAGAAAGGGACACUCAGCCUCUUGCUGCAGCUCGAAGGCAUCUCCCUUGAUGGGGGGCUGCCAGUCAAGAGGAAAGAGGCCAAGGACUACGAGAAGGAAAAUGUGAGGCGGAUAAGGGAGAUCCAGAAGAAGUGCAAAGAGAGGGAGCGAGCCCAAGAGCACAGCCAGCCCAAGCCUGUGAAAGCUCUGUGGAAGUCCCAGAAAUAUGAAAAUGUGGAGUCAAAGGUGAAGGCCAAGCUGCAGGAGACCUCCCCAGCUCCAAAUCCCGAGGCUGUGAAUUUCCUGAGGGCGUAUUCUCGCUGUGGCUCUGGGAUCAAGCCAUGCAGACCACCGUCCCCAAGGCCUGUCAGAGCAAAAGGAGCAGACACAGRGGCUCCACAGGGUGCUGAAACCAASAUGCAGGUGGAGGGCAGGAGCAUUGACUUCAUCAGGCACAACGCCUGCACCGCCAAGCGGGCCCCGCUGCGCCGCUCGCAGUCCCUGCAGGCGCUGGCAGAGCUGCUGGAGCAGAAGCACCGUGAGCAGGAGGAGUACAAUGCCAAGCAGAAGGGCCACGUCCCCCAGUACCUGCUGGACAGGAAGGAGCUGUGGCGCAGGCAGAUGGAGGAGCGGCUGCGGAACCUGCCAGACCCCGACACUCCUCCCGGUCACACCAUGAUGCCCGAGAGCCAGCGGCUGGACACCCUCRGCAGCCUGAUGCAGAGCCAGGAGCAGCUGAUAAAGGACCUGGUUCUGCUGCCAAUGCGGGGAGACAGCCUCAAGUUGCAGAAGAGGCGGGUAGAGCUCGAGAGGAAGCUCUCCCAGAUAGAAGAAGCAAUCAAAAUUUUCUCAAGGCCCAAGGUUUUCAUCAAGCUGGACUCCUGAGCUGGGGCUGGGUGUGCUGUGCUGCUCUGCCUGGACAUCCUUCGUUGCUGGGCAGGAACGGAUGUCACUGUGGGAGAGAAGGAGAGGAAGCAGAGUUCCAGAUCUUGGACCCAUGCAGCUGGCAUCUCUUUCUCACCUUUCAGUGCUGUGUCUUGUCCACAGAAAAGGGAGGGAGAUGCCCUAAUAAAGGGCCCUGCUCAGUGGKCUUGAGAGCAGUUGUCUGUGCUGCUUGGGUUCUUACAGAGAGCAGCUCUCUGCUCUGGAUUUGUGGCAUCACCUCUUAUUUUCCCUUUUUUCUUACUUCUAGAAAUCGGUAGGAGGUAUCUUGUGCUGCUCCCUGUAAUAUUUCUUGUCACCCUCUUUCUCCUGAGCUGGACCAUGUUCAUGGCUGAUCCUGAGCACCUGAGGGCUCAGGGGACAGCUUGGGGACAAGGAUGAAGCACAGAGCUCAAUGUUUUCUGCCCAGGGAAGGGCUGGGCUGUCAGGGAGGUCUGGUGAGAUGUUUGGAAGAAGCCUGUGUAGUCUGUGGGGCAGGAGAUGUUCCAAUAAAGCAUCAUUUCCAUCUUGCAGUGCAUGUGCAGCUCACAGUGGGCCCAGCAGGGCCUGAGGGGUGGUGUGGGCAGCAGGAACCAGCAGCACCAGCACGGGGCAGACAGGGGCUGGGUGCUGGGACUCUGGUUCACUCUGGUGAACGUGGAGUGGAGAUGUGCACAAUCCUGCUGGAUCUCCAUCCACAUGUUGGCAGGACAGGUGCCAUCCUGGAGGUGAGCUUGCUGCUUCCUUACCUUCAGAUGCCAYGCAGAGAUACCUGUGCAGACCUUUGCAGGGAUCCUGCUGCAUGAAGCAAAGGAAAAUUUAAGCUGUAAGGGAUCAUUGGAAGGUUUGGUGCAUCUCCUGCUCAGUGGAGACACAGUGCUGCAGCUUGGAGCCAUAUCCAGCUGAAUUAGGGGAAUCU